CGUCUUCAUCUUCUUCCGUGAAAGCAAAGUGAAAGUGAGAGAGGGAGUGAGAAACGUAAGAUAGAUACGUUUCUGUCGGCAUUGUCACGUGGGAUCCACAUUCAGAAACAAUCUAAAAGUGCUCCUCCGACGCUCUCAAACUUCCCCCAUGUGCUCAGCUUCAUCACCUCCUGCUGGCACUCUCUCUCCCUCUCUCAUGUGUUCGGCCCCAUUCUAACAAAACAUCUCCACCCAAACCUCCAUACCACAUGUCCAAGCUCACAUUUUGAACCUCUCUAAAUCUCUCUCUCUCUCUCUCUCUCUCAUAUUGGCAAUGGAUUCUAGGACUCGUCUUGAUCAUGCUCUGUUCCAACUCACUCCAACCAGAACAAGAUGUGAAUUGGUGAUAUUUGCUGCUGCUGGUGGAAGCGAGAAAUUGGCUUCAGGGCUUCUAGAACCAUUUCUUGUACACUUGAAAUGCGCCAAGGAUCAGAUUUCCAAAGGAGGCUACUCCAUUAUUCUUCGUCCUCCGGGCUCAGGUGCCUCCUGGUUCACCAAAGCCACUUUGCAAAGGUUUGUGAAGUUUGUUACCACACCAGAAGCUCUUGAAAGAUUUGUGACUAUUGAGAGGGAGAUUUUGCAAAUUGAGAAUUCGAUUCAAUCGAACGAAUUGACAGAGGCAGAAGCUGAUGGGAAUCACAAUAAGUCAAUUGCAUUGAAGUCAAACAGUGAAUCCAAUGUAACCAUUGAUGCUGUGCCAGAAGAGAAUUCCAAGAUUCGUCUCCAACGUGUUUUGGAAACCCGGAAGGUAGUACUAUGCAAAGAACAAGCGAUGGCUUAUGCUCGUGCUUUAGUAGCUGGAUUUGAACUGGACUAUAUAGAUGAUCUUAUAUCUUUCUCUGAUACUUUUGGAGCUUCACGUUUAAGGGAAGCAUGCAUUAAUUUCAUAAAUCUAUACAAACAAAAGAAUGAAGAUAGGCUUUGGAUGGAAGAAAUAGCAGCAAUGCAGGCAUGCGCUCACCCAGAACUGCCAUACUUGGGAACAUCAGGAAUCAUUCUUGCUGGAGAAGAUAAUGACCCCAGUCAGAAUCUCAUGAUAAAUGUUAACCAUAGUACUCUCUCUGUUGGGAAAAAUGGCUCACUAGACACAUCAGUGUCUGAGUCAACAAGUCAUGGAAGUCUGGAUGUGAACCAAGAUAAUAGCUUGCCAGCAUCGGGUAAGAUGUCAUCAACGGAUGGGAAAGCUCAAGUACCAAACCCAUGGCCAAACCAUCUUCCCCAGUACAUGCACAAUUUUCAAGGUCCUGUAUAUCCACAAAUGCACCCCUAUCAAGGUUACAUUUUUCCUGGUAUGCAGGUUCCACCAUAUUAUCCAGGGAAUAUGAAAUGGCCUCCAAAUGGGGAAGAAUCUGGCCCUACUUUUGAUCAGGAAUCCGAUGGUCGUAGGAAUCAUAAAUCUCAUAGGAAUAAAAAGAAACAUUCUCAUGGAAAAGUGCUGGAAACGUCAGAGCAAGAUGGAUCCGAUCAGAGCACUGGCUCUAGUUAUGAGAGUGAAUCUGAUGAUCCUAUGGAACAUGGAAAAAAGUACUCUGGAACAGAGCAGGUGCAUAGGAAAAAGCAUGGGAGGAAGUCCUCGAGAAAGGUUGUUAUCCGUAAUAUCAAUUACAUAACCUCUAAAAGGGAUGGAGAAACAGGCAGUGUGUCUGAGGGAAAUUCAUCUGAUGAGGAUGAGUUCAUUGAUGGCAAAUCCAUUAAACAGCAGGUGGAGGAAGCUGUUGGGUCAUUGGGGAAGAAACAUAGGUCAACCUCACAUCAUCAAAGAAAACAAGAUGGGAGCAAGUUUCCAGGCAACGUAGAUGAUUCAAAUGGUGCUGCUGAUCAGGAAAUUAAAAAUGGAGUUGCAAAUAAUUACAAGGGAGAAAAACAAAAUGACAACUGGAAUGCUUUUCAGGACCUUCUCAUGAGGGACAAGGAUUCAAGUUCUUUUGAUAUGGAACCACACAAUAUACAGGUUGAGGAAGAAUAUUUUUCAAGUAAGAACUCUGGUGAAGGAAGGUCAUUUGCAUUUAACCAGGAACAGACGAAAGUGACUAAGCAACAAGCAGAUUCAAGUGAUUUUUUUGUGGUGACAGAGAGGGAUCCAGGUAAUGAGAGUAAAACGCACGUCCGGUACUUUGAAGGUGACGAGAAUGCUGCUCGGAUUACCAAGAGAACUGAUAACACAUAUGAGGAUGUAUUAUUUUCACGGAGAAUUGAAGAAUCGGGGAACAAUUCCCAUGAUACUGUAUCUGGUUGUGCCAAUGAAUCUUACACAACCAAAUGUCCUAAUGAAGGGGAUUGGUUCAUCAGCAACCAAACAGAUAUAUCAGCAAAUCAGGAUGCCAGCAAUGAUCUGAAACUUUUUGAUGGUGUUUAUGCUUCAUCAAAGUUAGCAACUGACAGUAUUCAUGCUGAGAAAAAUAAGAGAGAUGUUCUUGUGGAUGACUCUUUCAUGGUUCGAGACCAAUCAGUGGUUGAUCAAUCAGAUUCUCAGUUCAGGACAGAUAUAAGCAUCGUUCCAGAUAUUAUUGGAGCUACUCAAUAUGAAUAUGGCAUGGAGGAAAUUUCAAAUGAUAAACCUGAGGCCUUUAGCACCCAUGAACCAGAUGACCUUUACAUGAUGCUUGACCGUGGUUCAGCUGUGGAGCAUGCUGUGGCACCAUGGACUCCCGAAAUGGAUUAUGAGAAUAAUGUGUCAUCAUUUGAGGCCACUAAAAAGAAUCCUGGCACUGAAAUGACUGAUUGUGUUGAAGUUAAGAAACCUUCUAAUAGUAAGAGAAGGAAUGAUAAAAAUAGUGGAAGUCCUGGAGAUAAAGUUCAAUCCAAAGAAGCAAGGCCUAAAGUUGUAAAUGGAUCUUUGGGGAAGAGCAAAUCUGAUAUCAUGUCAAGAAGCACAAGACCUACUUCUGUAAGCAAAAGCACAGUCCCGAAGAGCAAAUUUGAAAAGGAAGAAGAACAGAGAAAGAGAAUGGAGGAGUUACGAAUUCAACGCCAGAAGAGAAUUGCUGAAAGGAGUGGUUCUAAUACAGCAACGUCUAAGAAGGCCCCAGUGGAAAACAAAACUGCCAUGACUAACACGAAGAGUGAGAAGCUUAAAACUCAAUCCUCAAUCCAAGAGACUAAGAAAUCAGAUAAGCCUGUCCUCCGGAGUUCCACCCUUGAACGCCUUGCAACUGCUCGGGUAACUGAAAAGCUGUCAACCGCGGGGGUGAAUUCUGGCCAACCCAAAAAACAAAACAUUAAAGCAAAUGGUGUAGUUGCAACUGCCUCGUCGCAGAAGGCAGCUGGUGCUAUGAAUAAGAAACCAAGUCCAAACAAAACCAAACCUUCAGAUGUGAAAGACGACCUGAAGAAUUUAAAUCCAUUAAUUUCGUCUGACUCUUAUGUCCAGGAAAAGGUUUGCAUAGAAGCUACAGAAGCACUGCCAAUUGAGUCAUCAGCUGCACCUGCAACUCAACCCGCUAGUUCCAUCAAUCAUUUGGAAGAGACUAAGGAACUCCAUGGUACAUCUUCUGUUGAAAAGAGUGAAGGAAAUCUGACGUUACAAAGAGAGGCCUUGGAGAACGGAAGCUGCAAUGGGUAUUCUCCCAAUUUGCGUCUUUCUGUGCCUUUUGAAGUGAACUCCGCAAAACUGGAUCAGUUUACAGGUGAUGCUGAAGAGUUGCCUCAGGAAUUUCCAGUUCUUAGUGAAGACAAAAGAAAUUAUCUUCCUGAAAUGAGUGUGUAUCCUCCUAUUCCAAGAUCACCUAACAAAACUUCAAUUGUUUCCGCCGUGAACAUUGAAGAAAAUGGUCCAAUAACUAAGAACUUACCAAUCUCUUCUGAGAUUUCUGAGAUAGAAAUCUCUACUCCACCAAGUGAUGAAACACUCAGAGAACAACUCCACUCCAGGAAGAAAUGGAACAGUGAUGAAACCUCUCCUAAAGCUGCCAAAGGGUUUAAGAAGCUUCUAUUGUUUGGGCGGAAAAGCCGAAACUCUCCUGUCAAUUGAUAUUGUGGAGCUUAGUUAAUUCAUUGCUAGUAGCUUUUGAUUGCAGUUCAUAUCCUAAUUCUUCGGCAUUGGUUUCUGGGUUAUUCAAGUCCAAGGGAUGGACCUUUCAAUUGAAAUGCUUGAUAAUGCAGCUGAUGCAUGCCUUAUGGCUGUCAAGUGAAUAACCUCACAGCUCUCAUACACAAUAAGGCCUCGGGUGUUGCUGCCACACAAGGAGAGCACUGUAAGUUAUCUUUUUGUAUAUCCUAGGAAGACACAAACAAACCCACCUGUUUAUUUGAUGUAACUAGUGCAUUUGCAUUGAUAGUCACUGUGAGUUAUUUUCUGCAUCUCUUGUAAUUUUCUUAUCAAAAAUCUGUUUGUAUGUGUAAGAAAGCAGACAUCUUUGCACCUUUUGUUGAUCG